UAUGCGUAUGUAACUAUAUGAAACUGUGUAUGCAGGGUUGAGUGUUGUUGAUAGGAUAAUCAUCCUACGUUUUCUACUGGGUGGGUGGAGUAUUAGAUUGUAUUAGAUUUUCAAUUCCAUAGAUUCGUAGCACAGUUCGACAUUGCGUCACAAUGUGUUAAUUAUAUUGUGGAUUUCUUAAAAUAUUUCAUUUUCCUGUAGAGCAGUAUAAGUUUUUAGUACAGUUAAGUUACUAGGUACUGUAACCUCUUUAGAGGUUUAUUUUUAGACUGAAAUGACUACUGAUAAAGUAACUUUAGGUGAUGCAUUAUCUAAUGUUGAUGUGCUCGAUGAAUUCACAUUACCGGAUGAACAACCAUGCAUCGAAGCACAACCGUGUUCUGUAGUAUAUCAAGCCAAUUUUGAUACUAAUUUUGAAGAUAGGAAUGGUUUUGUUACGGGAAUCGCUAAAUACAUUGAAGAAGCUACAGUUCAUGCAAGCUUGAAUGAACUAUUGGAAGAAGGAUUGAAACAUGCUGUUAUGUUAUAUACAUGGAGAUGCUGUUCUCGUGCAAUUCCGCAACCAAAAUCAAAUGAACAACCAAACAGAGUAGAAAUUUAUGAAAAGACUGUAGAGGUACUAGCACCAGAAGUAAAUAAGUUACUUAAUUUUAUGUAUUUUCAAAGAAAAGCAAUUGAAAGGUUCUCUGGAGAAGUAAAACGUUUAUGUCAUCAUGAGAAAAGGAAAGACUUUGUUUCUGAAGCGUAUUUGCUUACAUUAGGAAAGUUCAUUAAUAUGUUUGCAGUUUUGGAUGAAUUGAAAAACAUGAAAUCUAGUGUGAAAAAUGAUUAUUCUACUUAUAGGAGAGCUGCUCAAUUUCUUAAAGUGCUGUCUGAUUCCCACACAAUACAGGAGUCACAAAACUUAUCAAUGUUUUUAGCUACACAAAAUAAGAUUCGCGAUACGGUUAAAGAAAACUUGGAAAAAAUUGCUGGAUAUGAAGAGUUGCUUGCAGAUGUAGUCAACAUAUGUGUCCAUAUGUUUGAGACUAAGAUGUAUUUGACACCAAAUGAAAAACACAUGUUGGUAAAGGUGAUGGGAUUUGGGCUAUUUUUAAUGGAUAGCGAUUUGUGCAAUAUCAAUAAAUUAGAUCAAAAGAAAAAAUUAAAAUUAGAUCGAAUUGAUAGAAUUUUUAAAAAUUUGGAAGUAGUACCAUUAUUUGGUGACAUGCAAAUUGCACCUUUUAAUUACAUCAAACGUUCCAAACAUUUUGAUGCAUCAAGAUGGCCAUUAUCUUCUUCAUCAAAUAGUAUAAGCCCACAAGCAGAUCUUAUGGUACAUCUGCCACAGAUCAGAGAAGACCAUGUAAAAUAUAUUAGCGAAUUAGCAAGGUACAGUAAUGAAGUAACUACCACCUACAAAGAAUGUGGUAGUGAUGUCGAAAAUAGAGAAACUGCUGAGUUAGCUUUACGUGGAUUGCAAUUACUUUCACAGUGGACAAGUGUAGUUACAGAACUUUAUAGUUGGAAGCUUCUUCAUCCUACUGAUCACCACAUGAAUAAGGAAUGUCCACAGGAAGCCGAAGAAUAUGAAAGAGCUACACGUUACAAUUACACGGACGAAGAAAAAUUUGCUCUAAUAGAAGUGAUUGCAAUGAUCAAGGGAUUGCAAGUAUUAAUGGCACGUAUAGAAACCGUUUUCAUUGAUGCGAUACGUAGAAAUAUAUAUGCGGAGUUACAAGAUUUUGUGCAACUUAUUUUACGAGAACCACUUCGUAAAGCUAUUAAAAAUAAAAAAGAUCUUAUCCGUAGUAUAAUAGUAUCUGUAAGAGAAACUUGCGCCGAUUGGCAUUUUGGAGUAGAGCCAUUAGGAGAUCCUGCUUUAAAGGGGAAGAAAGAUCCUGAUAACGGUUUUGGUAUUAAAGUGCCACGAAGGAAUGUUGGACCUUCUUCAACUCAGCUUUAUAUGGUUCGUACUAUGUUAGAAUCAUUAAUUGCUGACAAGAGUGGUGGAAAACGUACUCUAAGAAAAGAUAUUGAUGGCCAGUAUCUUGUGCAGAUCGAUCAAUUUCAUAAAACUAGUUUUUAUUGGAGUUAUCUCUUGAAUUUUAGUGAAUCAUUGCAAGACUGCUGUGAUUUGUCCCAAUUAUGGUACAGAGAAUUUUAUCUAGAGAUGACCAUGGGACGAAAGAUACAGAAAUGCCAAGUACGUCACCAGCAUAAUGAAGAGUGCAGCGACUUGAUCACCAUGGAGAAACGUAUCCAGUUCCCUAUCGAGAUGUCUAUGCCAUGGAUAUUGACUGAUCAUAUAUUGCGAAGCAAAGAACCAUCAAUGAUGGAAUAUGUUCUGUAUCCACUGGAUUUGUACAAUGAUAGUGCAUUGUAUGCACUGACAAUAUUCCGUAAACAAUUUCUUUACGACGAAGUGGAAGCUGAAGUAAACUUAUGCUUUGAUCAAUUCGUUUUCAAGCUUAGCGAACAAAUUUUUGCUCAUUACAAGCAAUUAGCCGCGAGUAUAUUGCUAGACAAAAGGUUCCGAGUAGAGUGUGUUGCUCUUGGCGCAUAUUUACUUCCAUAUCCUCGUGCCAAUAGAUACGAAACGCUAUUAAAACAAAGACACGUACAACUAUUGGGAAGAAGCAUUGACUUGAAUAAAUUGAUUACCCAGCGUAUUAACGCGGACAUGCAGAAAUCAUUGGAUUUGGCAAUUAGUAAAUUUGAAUCUGGCGAUAUUACAGGAGUGGUAGAAUUAGAAGGACUUCUACAAGUUAACCGUCUUACCCAUAAACUUUUAAGUAAAUGGCUUGCACUGGAUGAAUACGAUGCAAUGUUCAGAGAAGCUAAUCAUAACGUGUUAGCUCCGUAUGGGCGAAUCACGCUUCAUGUAUUUUGGGAAUUAAAUUAUGACUUUUUGCCAAAUUAUUGUUAUAAUGCAGCAACAAACAGAUUUGUAAAAUGUCGAGGACUUCAAUUUGUACAGCCAGUUCAUCGAGAUAAACCGCCACAAAUGUCGCAUCAUUAUCUUUGGGGCAGUAAACAAUUGAAUUUAGCGUACAGCACACAGUACGGGCAAUAUUCAGGAUUUGUCGGACCGCAACAUUUUCGAACAAUGUGCAAGCUUCUUGGUUAUCAAGGAAUAGCAGUAGUAAUGGAAGAGCUUCUAAAAAUCGUCAAAUCUUUGAUUCAAGGAAGCUUACAUCAAUUCACUAAGACCCUGAUGGAAGCAAUGCCAAAAGUUUGUAAACUUCCUAGAUACGAUUAUGGAUCUCCAGGUGUCUUGGGGUAUUAUCAUGCUCAGUUGAAUGACAUUGUACAAUAUCCUGAUGCAAAAACCGAACUCUUUCAUAAUUUUCGAGAGUUUGGUAAUACAAUUCUGUUUUGUCUUUUAAUGGAACAAGCCUUGUCACAGGAAGAAGUUUGCGAUUUGUUACAUGCAGCGCCGUUUCAAAAUAUAUUGCCUAGGCCUUACUGUAAAGAGGGUGAAAAACCGGAAACUAAGCAGAAACGACUUGAAGCAAAAUAUGCAGCCUUGCAGAUCGUUCCAAACGUAGAUAAUCUAGGUACAGCUAAGCAAGCAAUGAUUGCCAGAGAAGGAGAUUUACUGACACGGGAACGACUUUGCUGUGGUUUAUCAAUAUUCGAAGUGGUACUUAGCAGAUUACGUAGUUUCUUGGAUGAUCCCAUAUGGGUUGGUCCUCCUCCAGCAAAUGGAGUAAUGAACGUCGACGAAUGUACAGAAUUUCAUAGAUUGUGGAGUGCGUUACAGUUUGUGUAUUGUAUUCCCGUCGGAGAAACAGAAUUUACUGUUGAGGAAUUAUUCGGAGAAGGUUUACAUUGGGCUGGAUGUGCUAUGAUAGUAUUACUUGGUCAACAAAGACGUUUCGAGGCUCUUGAUUUCUGUUAUCAUAUCCUAAGAGUACAACGGGUGGACGGAAAAGACGAAAAUGUUAAAGGAAUCCAUUUGAAAAGAAUGGUGGACAGAAUCAGAAGAUUUCAAGUAUUAAAUUCGCAAAUUUUUGCUGUAUUAAAUAAGUAUUUGAAGAGCGGAGAUAGUGAUGCAUCAAGCGUUGAACAUGUUCGAUGCUUUCCGUCGCCCAUUCAUCCCUCGCUUGCUCAUGCACAGCAGCAACACUAUCAUACGCCAGAAUAUUUACGUCAAAUGAAUCAUCAGUAAAAUAACUUUUCAGGCAAGCAUAUUUGUAAUACAAUAUAAUUAAGGCUGAGUCCAACUUUUUAUCCAACUCGUGUUUGCGAGUAAAUAACGUACUGUAAUAACAAUUUGAAGUAUUUAUUUAAGAUUUUUUAAAAAUAAAUAAUGAGCAAUUAAUAUAUUGCACUGUA